AUAAGGCCUCGUUCGGUUUCACCGGAUUGGCCCGGAAUGAGGUCCAUUCCGGAUGGUUUGAAGUGACCCGGUUUGAAACCAGACUUGCAUUGAAAGUGUUGUUCGUUUUAGUCUGGCCUGGAAUGAAAACCGGCCUGGAUUGGAAUCCUUCUACAUUAGAUGGCCCGGAUUGAAACCAUACCUCCUCACCCCUGGAAUGAAUCCUGACCGGAUUGAGUGACACGGGUGGAAUCACUCAAACCGGACCUGGAAGUAAUCCUAGCUGGAAUCCAAUCCUGGUGAAACGAACGAGGCCUAGCGGAAGUUUCAUAUAGGAUUGUGUGAGCCCAGUGGCCUCCUCGUCGGAAGGCCUCGCUGCUGCCCCGAGAAUUGGUGUGCCGUUGCCUUUUGCACGUUGUGGGCCCAUCUCGUUUCGCCUUCCUUCUCCUUCCCCGAGAAGACGAAGCUGCUGCUGCGCCCGCCGUCUCGCCCCCUGCGUCCCUAGCGUUCUCUCUUUCGUAAUCCCGCCCCUAAACCCUAGCGAGUUUCUAGAAUCUUCCAGAACCCUCUCUCCGCCCUCCAAAGUCCCUAUCCCUUGCUCAGCAGCAGGCGCCAUGGACCUGGACCCCGAGGGCAUCUUCCGCGACGACUGCGACGAGGACGAUGACAACGUUCAGGAGAGGGAGGCAACAAGGAAAUGGUUGUCUAUCUCGUCUACGCCUCGCUCAAAAUGUUCACCCCCGCGACUACCCAGGAAGAUGAAAAGCAGGAGACACAUUUUCAUACCAUAGUUUACUGCAUUACACAGUCUCUGAAGACACAAAUCAUUGGAGGAUCCUAUGAUGAAGUUGCAAUAUGUUUCUUUAACACUAAAGAGAAGAAGAAUUUGCAGGAUUUGGCAGGUGUUUAUGUUUACAAUGUUGGAGACAGAGAUCCACUUGAUAGGCCCACUGCUAAACUGAUUAAAGAUUUUUCUUGCAUAGAAGAUUCUUUCAUGAGCAACAUUGGAAGUCGAUAUGGAAUAACUGCUGGAUCUCGGGAGAACACCCUUUAUAAUGCUCUUUGGGUUGCGCAAACACUGCUGCGCAAAGGGUAUCAAUUAACUAACAUGAAGACUGUCAGUAAACGGAUUCCUAUAUUCACCAAUGAAGAUGAUCCUUUUGGUGAUAUGACAGGAGCUGUGAAGACUGAUAUGAUUAGGACAACAAUACAACGUGCAAAGGUAUUACUUGCUUUCCUAUGGGAUGCACAAGAUCUUGGCCGAUCUAUUGAGCUACUUCCACUGAGCCGGCCUGAUGAGGAAUUCAACAUGUCCCUUUUUUAUGCAGAUUUGAUUGGUCUGGAUGGAGGUGAGAUAACGGAGUAUCUGCCAUCUGCUGGUGAAAAGUUGGAGGAUAUGACUGAUCAACUGAGAAAAAGAAUGAUGAAAAAGCGCAGAGUAAAACCUCUUUCAUUUGCAAUUACAAAUGAUGUAUGUAUAGAAGUGAAUACAUAUGCGCUGACCCAUCCUACUACUACAGGGACAAUUACGUGGCUUGAUUCAGUCAGUAACAUUCCAUUAAAGACUGAAAGGUCUUUCAUAUGCAAUGAUACUGGGGCUCUACUUCAGGAUCCACAGAUGUGUUUCCAGAUGUACAAUGUCACGGUCGUCAAAUUUUCCAUCCGAGAACUCUCUGAGGUUAAAAGGGUUUCAAGUCAUCAUCUUCACCUUAUAGGAUUCAAGCCAUUGGAUUGCUUGAAGGAUUAUCAUAACUUGCGACCAUCAACAUUUGUUUAUCCCUGUGAUGAGCAUAUAUUUGGAAGCACACACGUUUUUGUUGCUUUACAUAGCUCAAUGUUGCGCCUUGGAAGGUUUGCGCUUGCAUUUUAUGGGAAUCCAACUCGACCACAGCUCGUGGCCCUUGUUCAACAUGGCACCAUGUAUGUCUGGAAGAUGGGAAGAGGUUAUGCUGGUCAAGUUGAGCCGCCUGGCAUGCACAUGAUCUAUCUUCCAUACUCCGCCGAUAUAAGAUAUCCUGAAGAGGUUCAUAUGACUUCUGAUGAAGCACCACGUGCAACGGAUGAACAAAUCAAGAAAGCAUCAAAUCUAUUGAAACACAUUGAUCUGAAGAAUUUUUCUGUAUGCCAAUUUGCUAACCCAGCUUUGCAAAGACACUAUGGGAUUUUGGAGGCCUUAGCUUUAGGUGAAGAUGAGAUGCCAGAUAUAAAGGAUUCCCUGCCUGAUGAAGAAGGCUUGGCUAGGCCAGGAGUUGUUAAAGCUAUUGAUGAAUUUAAGGCUUCAGUCUAUGGUGAAAAUUAUGACCGAGAGGAGGCUGAAGCAGCAGCAGCAAAAGCUUCCCGUGGUGGUGACGCUUCGAGGAAGCGGAAGGCGAUCGCUGAUGCAGCCUCGCUGAAAAGUGCAGCUUAUGAUUGGGCCGAACUGGCAGAUAAUGGAAAGGUCGUCUUGCCAAGAUUAUAUAUACCCACAUGUAAGUUUAUUGGCAGGUUCUCCUAUGAGUUAUGGCAGUUUAUAUGCAAGCAGAAUUCAACAUAUAACCUGUCAGUGUGAUAUGCCAAUGCAUUUAGAGACCACCUGUUUUCUGCACAUGCCAAUAAGAAAUGGCAUGCUCAACAAAAUUCAACUAUUGAUGUACCUAAAAUGAAGCAUCUGUACAUCCCAAGCUGACAUGACAGCAAGGAGCUAUCCUGCAGCAGCACACUCAGCACACUCAUGUAGGGUGUAUUUGGUUGUAUGCACCACAUGAUGUAUGUAUGGAUGAUCCUGGAUGGUGGGGUUCAACCAAUUUUCUUGUACCAUAUAGUUCACUUCAAUUAGUAAAAUAAUGUAUUAAGUGGGAUGACUUCAUCUUGGAUGGGUUGGUAUAAUUCAUCCAACCAAACAAAAGAUCAUUAUUAUUUUGAACCA